UCUACCUCAGCGUCACUGCUCCUCAGUCCAAAUAUGGUCACUUCCUGUUCACUGGCUGCCAAAAGCCAAAAUGGCGAUGGCAACGUCCACUUCCUUUAUUCAGUCUGAGGAGGAAACAAACACACACAUGCACAAGUAAAGUCCAACGUUCAGUACUUGUGUUAGUAGUUAGAUUUAUUCUCAAAAGUUCAACUUUAAUCUUAAACAUCAAGUUUAUUCUGGUCUUUAUUCUGAAAGUGCAGAAGCGUGUGUGUUCUUAUUCUUGUCCCUCACGCUGCUCCGUAGCACAUGAAGAACAGAGGCCGGUGGCUUCAGGCUGGUAAACUUCCUUCCAUCCCAUCAGGGUUACUGACAGCCGUCCUGGCCAAUCACUGGCUCGAUGACGUCGCCGCUGGAGGCGGUCCGGCCCGCCUCCUCUCUCAGCUGGGGGCCCACUUUGACCUGGUCCUCCAGUCCUGUCGCUCAGGUCACAGGGUCCCAGAGCCCGCCUUGUUCCGCUCUGCUCUGCAGCACCUGGGAGUGACAUCACAGCAGGCUCUGUGGCUGGAUGCGGAUGAGGAAGGUGUGGCGGCCGCAGAGGGAGCCGGGAUGAAGGCCAUCUUGGUGGAGAACCUGGAGGACGCUCUGAACAAACUGGCCAGCUUCACUGGAGUUCAGGCUGUGGGAGCAGAGAGUCCUCCACCAUCCUGCAGCCCUGAUGACGUGUCGCAUGGAUACGUCUCCAUCAGGCCUGGUGUGAGGACUCAUUACGUGGAGAUGGGUUCAGGUCCUCCAGUGGUUCUGUGUCACGGCUUCCCUGAGAGCUGGUACUCCUGGAGGUACCAGAUCCCGGCCCUGGCAGCAGCCGGGUUCAGGGUGCUGGCUCUGGACAUGAAGGGCUACGGAGGCUCCACAGCGCCCCCAGACGUAGAAGAAUAUUCUCAGGAGCAGCUCUGUAAGGAUUUAAUCACAUUUCUGGACAGAAUGGCGAUCCCUCAGGUCACCCUGGUGGGUCACGACUGGGGCGGCGCCCUGGUGUGGAGCAUGGCUCAGUACUUCCCUGAGAGAGUCAGGGCUGCAGCGUCUCUGAACACUCCUCUGUUCUCUGUGGACCCGUCAGUGAGUCCUGCUGACAAACUAAAGAAUGUUCCCGUCUUUGAUUACCAGCUGUACUUCCAAACACCUGGCGUAGCAGAGGCCGAGCUGGAGGAAGACUUGGAGAGAACGUUCAACAUCUUCUUCUCCAGCAGCGCUGAAGCGGAGAAGCGUCCGGCUGUCAGCACCAGAGGAGUCUGUGCUCGAGGGGGUCUGUUCGUGGGUCUCCCGCAGCAGAUAAAGCGCAGCUGCAUGCUGACGGAGGCCGACCUGCAGUUCUACGUCAGCCAGUACGAAGAGCGAGGCUUCAGGAGGCCGUUGAACUGGUACCGGAACAUGGAGGCCAACUGGAGGUGGACGUGUUCUCGUCCCGCUGAGAAGCUGCUGAUGCCGACUCUGAUGGUGACGGCCGGUAAAGACCAGGUGCUGCUGCCGGCCUUCUCCAAAGGAAUGGAGGACAAGAUGCUGAACCUGAGCAGAGCCCACCUGGAGGAGUGUGGACACUGGACUCAGAUGGAGAGGCCGGAGGAGACCAACAGCAUCCUGAUCUCAUGGCUCAAAGGAGCCCUGAAGGAGGCCGGAGGCGUCAACGUGGCCCCCAAACUGAAAGAAUCAUCAAUAAGUCAGAUAUGAACUUCAGAUGUUUAGAUGUGGAGGAGACGACAUGAACACACGAGACACGGACCAGAAGGACUCACAUGGUGGAUUCUGACAAACUAAAUGAGAGAAACACAGAACACGGCUCCAAGAUCACUUUAUUUGUAAAGUGGAGAUUUGACAACUGUGACAAUAAAACUCUGUUAAACUCUU